AGGACAUGUUGAAUGUGCAGGUAUUGUUAUAAAAGCUCCAUGCUGGCUGAGCACAGCUGUGCCAGGCAGAAGGAUCUCCAUGGAUGCAGUUGUGGUCCUGGUGCUCAGCCUCUGCUGUCUGCUUCUCCUCUCGCUCUGGAGACAGAGCUCUGAGAGAGCAAAGCUUCCUCCUGGCCCCACUCCUCUCCCAGUUUUUGGCAACUUCUUCCAAAUAGAUGUGAAGAACAUCAGCCAGUGCUUGAGCAAUUUCUCAAAAGUCUAUGGCCCAGUCUUCACCCUGUACUUGGGCAUGAAGCCCACUGUGGUGUUGCAUGGGUAUGAAGCAGUGAAGGAGGCUCUGAUUGAUCAUGGGGAGGAGUUUGCUGGCAGAGGAAACUUCCCAAUGGCUGAAAGAGUUAAUAAAGGUCAUGGCAUUAUUUUUAGCAAUGGAAACAGAUGGAAAGAGACAAGGAGAUUCUCACUCAUGACUCUGCGGAAUUUGGGAAUGGGGAAAAGAAGCAUUGAGGACCGCGUUCAAGAGGAAGCACAGUGCCUUGUGGAGGAACUGAGAAAAACCAAUUGUUCACCCUGUGAUCCCACGUUCAUCUUGGGCUGUGCUCCCUGCAAUGUCAUCUGCUCCACUGUUUUCCAGAAUCGAUUUGAUUAUCAAGAUCAGGAUUUUCUUACAUUGAUGGGAAAAGUAAAUGAGAAUAUCAAGAUUCUGAGCUCUCCCUGGAUGCAGAUCUGCAAUAAUUUUCCUGCACUAAUUGACUAUUGUCCAGGAAGUCAUCGCACAAUACCAAAAAAUGUUAAUUAUAUCAGAAGUUACCUUUUGGAAAAAAUUAAAGAACACCAGGAAUCACUGGAUGUUACAAACCCUCGGGACUUUAUUGAUUAUUACCUGACUAAACUAAAGCAGACAAACCCCAAUCAAGAAUCAGAAUUUACACUUGAAAAUUUGGUAAUGACUGUGAGUGACCUGUUUGGUGCCGGGACAGAGACAACAAGCACAACACUGAGAUACGCUUUACUGCUCCUGCUGAAGCACCCUGAUGUCACAGCUAAAGUCCAGGAAGAGAUUGAUCGUGUGAUUGGCAGAAACCGCAGUCCCUGCAUGCAGGACAGGAGCCACAUGCCCUAUACAGAUGCCGUGAUUCAUGAGGUCCAGAGAUUCAUCAACCUCCUUCCGACCAGCCUGCCUCAUGCAGUGACCUGUGACAUUAAAUUCAGGAACUAUUUCAUCCCCAAGGGAACAAUGGUAACAGUAUCACUGUCAUCAGUGCUGAAUGACAGCAAAGAAUUCCCCAACCCAGAGAUAUUUGACCCUGGCCACUUUCUCGAUAAGAAUGGAAACUUUAAGAAAAGCGACUACUUCGUGCCAUUUUCAACAGGAAAACGGAUUUGUGCAGGAGAGGGCCUGGCACGAAUGGAGCUGUUUAUAUUCCUGACUACCAUUUUACAGAACUUUAAGUUGAAAUCUCUAGUUAGUGCUAAGGAUGUUGAUACGACCCCAGUGGCCAAUGGAUUUGUUACUCUGCCACCCCCUUACCAGCUCUGUUUUAUUCCUGUCUAAAGAAGAGCUGACUUUAUGGCCCAGGUUGUGUUGUUUUCUACAUUUUCACUCUAGACCAUCAUCCACCUCUUUCCCCAUCAGAGAAAGCAUGUCCUUCCCAUCUCUCAUGUAUUACCAUUUGUCAAGACCCAUAAAGCACCUUUUAACCAUUUUGCAAUUCCUGAAAUCACUGCACAAAUAAGUAUAUUGCUAUUUUCUAUUCGUUGCUACUGUGUUAUUACCCUUGUGCUAAUGUGUAUCUGGUCUUCAGUUAAAAAAGAACUUCACUGUAAAUUAACUAAUAUAAUAAAAGAAUUCAUAGUCA